CACUAGAAAAUGCACCAGGUCCCCAACACUGUCCAUAUCUACCGCAAAUCCGCAAGGCCCUCGCUGUGAUCGGCGUCGGCUCUCAUUCCUUUACCUUGGAUUGGAAGUACGAACCGGCGAAAGUCUUGCGAGCUCCAUGGCUUCGUUCGGUCCGACGGGCUUGCCAAACUCAGAGCACCAGCGGCACACCAACAAAGCGACGGUGAUCUUCAGCUACACCUGCGUCGGCCUCACGGGCACCGCGCUCUUCUCCGUCCUCUUCUUCUUCUGCUACCAGAUCCGCAACCGGGCGCCCGUCGCGGCCGCAGGGGCGGAGACCGGCCGCCGUCGCACUGUGGACAUUGCCAAGCUGCCGGAGUUCGCGUACACCCACUCCGCGAGGCACAGCGGCAAGGAGGGCGGCGGGGAAGGCACGCAGUGCUCGGUGUGCCUCGGCACGGUGUUGGCCGGCGAGAUGGUGCGGCUGCUGCCCUUGUGCAAGCACCUGUACCACGUGGAGUGCAUCGACAUGUGGCUGGCGUCCCAUGACACUUGCCCGCUUUGCCGCGCGGAGGUUGAGCCCCAGCCGCCGGAGGAGGACGAUGGCCAGCCCGAGGUGACUACAGAGCUGCCGGUCUAGGGCGCCGGCCGGUCACCGAAGCUGUCUUCCGCAAGGUGCAUGCUAAUUUAGUUUGUAGCUUGUCGCCUGUGUGUUAGUGCUGAUACAGCAUGUAGUUGUAACUUGUAACUUGUAAAUGCCAACGUAUACAAAGGAAAAAAUAAUUGUUCU